AUGGAAUUUUCGUCUUACGUUAGUGUAGGUGCAGAGUCAGACACCCUCAUGCAGGGUGCCAUUAUCCGAGACUGGGAACAUUUGACUUCUGCUAAGGCCAUUUUCAAGCUCGGAUUCUUUAGUAUUUCUGCCGGCUAUUCCGGUCCAAUCAACCCAGAGAACCGUUAUCUAGGAAUAUGGUACACCAAGGUGCCAAACGAGCCGGUCUGGAUUGCCAAUCGUGAUUCCCCGCUCCCAGACUCAUCCGGUUCACUCAUCAUCGACGCUCACGGCAAACUCAAGAUUUCUCACGUUGGAGGGAUGAUUACAGUGUCCAAUGUUUCCACAAUGUCCGGAAACAACGUGGGUGCCACGCUGUUGGACUCUGGAAACUUGGUCGUACGUGAAGUUCAUGGAAAUGGAAGCUUUGGAGGUGUGUUUUGGCAGAGCUUUGAUUACCCCACGGAUGUGCUUCUACCUGGAAUGAAACUGGGAGUGAAUCUGAAAACCGGGCAUGUUUGGAAGCUCAGUUCUUGGUUGAGUGAGCAGGUCCCGGGUUCAGGAGCUUUUGAGCUCGGCCUGGACGUUAAUGGCGGCACUAACCAACUGGUCGUUUCUCGACGGGGAAAGGUUUACUGGAGCAGUGGAGUCUGGAAAAAUGGGAGCUUUGAGAAGGCACCAGACGUGACAGCAGAGUUGGAGCUUGGUUUCAAAUUGGUGUCAAAUGAGAAGGAGAAGUACUUCUCUUACUCACCUAAACACAACUACACAUUCCCCAAAUGGAAGCUUGAUCUCCAGGGCCAAAUCGAGCAAUCCCUCUUGGUACAUAAUAUGAUCGAGCCUACCUGGACCGGGAGCUAUGCUUCAGAAUGUCGCGACUUUUUGGAGAGGGUUUGCUUGAAGGAAAACCCGGUUUCUUGCAGGCAGAGUUCUGAUGUUAGCUCUCAGUGA